AUGAACGGAGGAGAAGGAGGAGCGGGAGGGAGCGGCGGCGGCGGCGGAGCAGGCGGGGCAGCAGCCGGCGGUGGCGGAGAGGGCGCGGCCGGGGUCGGGGCCGGGACACUACCGCGGGUGCCGACGUGGAGGGAGCGCGAGAACAACCGGCGCCGGGAGCGGCGGCGGCGGGCGAUCGCGUCCAAGAUCUUCACCGGCCUGCGCGCCCACGGCAACUACGCCCUCCGCAGGCACUGCGACAACAACGAGGUGCUCAAGGCGCUCUGCGAGGAGGCCGGCUGGACCGUGGAGCCCGACGGCACCACCUACCGCAAGGGAUGCAAGCCUCCUGGUAGCAGUGAUCCGUAUAUGGCUGGCUUUAUCCCCGGGUGUUCUCCAGUGAGCCCCGGCAUGUCCUGCCCGGUGAGCCCCGGCAUGGUGUCCUGCCCGGUGAGCCCGCGAGCUUACAACGGCCUGAGCUCCCCGUCGUCGCCGACCCACUUCGGCGGCAGGGGCAGCAGCUUCUUCUACGGCGGCGCCAGCAGCAGCCGCGGCACUGGCAUUGGCGGAGGCCUCCUCCCGUGGCUCAACAACCUGUCCCACUCCGACGACGCCUCGUACGCCGACGGCUACUCCUUCAGCGCGCCGGUCACGCCGCAGAACGGCUCCCCGCCGCGUCGCAAGAUGGCGCGCUGGGCGCCGGACAACGCUCCCGCCGUCGCCGGCGGCGGCUCCAACGUGCAGUCGCCGUGGGCCGCCAGCCCUGGCCCCAGCCGCUACGCCUCCCUGCCAGUAACCAUGCCGCAUACCCCUGUCCGCGGAGAGGCCGUGGCGGCCGACCCGGUGAGCCUCCUCACGGGGCUGCAGAUAUCCGCCGCCGCGGCCAACAAGUCCCCGGCGUACAGCAUGUUCGACUUCGACGCCGGGAGCUACUCGUCAAGGUCGGCGGGACAGAGCAGCAGCGCGCCGUGGGCGGCGGCGGCAGCUCGUGGCGCUGGCGACGGUGACGCACAGAUGGUUCCGCACGGGUUCUCCUUCGGCUGGAACGGCGGGGCGUUCAACGCGUGGGAGGGGGAGAAGGCGACCGGAGCGUUCAACGCUUGGGAGGGGGAGAAGGCGACCGGAGCGUUCAACGCGUGGGAGGGGGAGAAGGCGAGCGGGGCCUUCAGCGCGUGGGAGGGGGAGAAGGUGAGCGAGAUCGACGAGGGGGACCUGGAGCUCACCCUGGGGAACUCGAGGGCCGGCGCCGGCGCUGACCGCGCUUGA